UGGUACGUUCCUAAAAAAAUAUCUAUUUUUUCUUAAAUUGAAAAAUAUGUGUCGCAACUUCACUGAUAUUACUGGAGAUAUGGUUUGUCCGAAUAUGAUUAGAGGUAUAGACCAUCUUCGAGAUCCUCGUCUUAAUAAGGGUUUAGCAUUUACAUUAGAAGAGAGACAAACAUUGGGUAUUCAAGGUCUUUUAGCUACUGAAUAUAAAACACAAGAAGAACAAUUAAAUAUAUGCAGAAUAUCAUUGGAUUUAUACAAAGACCCUCUAAGCAAAUAUAUUUAUUUGGUAGAAUUGCAGGAUAUGAAUGAAAAAUUAUUCUUCAGUCUCUUAUCACAGAAUAUUGAAAAAUUUUUGCCUAUAGUUUACACUCCGACAGUGGGAUUGGCUUGUCAAAGAUUUGGUCUCAUUUACAGAAGACCUCGUGGCCUCUUUGUAACUAUUUACGACAAAGGUCAUGUGUUAAACAUUCUUAAUAAUUGGCCUGAACAGGACGUCAGGGCCAUCGUAUUCACAGAUGGUGAACGAAUAUUGGGCUUGGGAGAUCUAGGCGCUUAUGGAAUGGGAAUACCUGUUGGUAAACUGGCUCUUUAUACAGUUCUAGCUGGUAUCAAACCUCAUCAGUGUCUUCCUAUUACUUUGGAUGUUGGGACAGAUAAUCAGGACCUUUUAGAAGACCCUCUUUACAUAGGCCUUCGGCAGAAGAGAGUUCGUGGCAAAGAAUACGAUGAAUUUAUUGAUGAGUUCAUGCGAGCCGCUAUUGAAAGAUUUGGUCCCAAUACUCUGUUGCAGUUUGAAGAUUUUGCCUUAAUAAAUGCAACUCGACUUCUUGAAAAAUAUCGUGAGGAAUAUUGUACAUUUAAUGAUGACAUUCAAGGUACUGCGAGUGUGGCAGUUGCCGGACUUUUUGCUUCUAGUAGAAUAACCAAAAAGAAAAUGAACGAAAAUAUUUUCAUGUUCCUCGGUGCUGGAUCUGCGGCAACUGGUAUAGCCAACUUAAUAGUCGCAGCUAUGGUCGAAGAAGGUAUGAAACUCGAAGAAGCUCAAAAAUUAAUCUAUAUGUUCGACGUCGACGGUCUGUUAACCAAAAAUCGUCCAAAUGGCCUUCCAAGUCAUGCCAAACAUUUCGGAAAAGAUAUGGAAGCCGAAAAAAAUUUUGAAAAGAGCGUCGCUACUAUUAAGCCAACUUGUCUAAUUGGUUGUUCGACUGUUGGUGGUGCGUUUAACGAAAAUAUUCUGAAGCAAAUGGCUAAAAAUGCGGAGAGACCGGUAAUAUUCGCUCUAUCGAACCCUACCAGUAAAGCGGAAUGUACUGCACAAGCUGCUUAUGAUCACACAGAGGGGAGAUGUGUUUUCGCAUCAGGUUCUCCUUUUCCGCCCGUCAAGUAUAAUGGUAAAGAAUACUUUACCGGUCAAGGUAACAAUUCUUACAUAUUCCCUGGAAUCGCGCUCGGUGUGAUUGUGGCCCGCUCGCGACAUAUUCCCGAGAGCAUGUUCUUGACUGCGGCUAGGACGUUGGCAAACUUUGUAAGCGAAGGAGACUUGGCGCUCGGCCGAAUAUAUCCUCCUCUCUGCGACGUGAGGAACGUAUCGCUUAAUAUUGCGAUCGAAGUCGCCAAGUUAGCGUAUUGUAAAGACCUAGCGACUGCGUAUCCCAAGCCGAAGGAUUUCAAAACGUAUAUACAGAAUCACACGUACAAUCUGCAAUAUGACUCUUUUAUACCGAAAUUCUUUAAAUACCCAAAACCUCCCAACGUUAAAGUGAAAACGAUGGAAGAAGUGUACAAAGGUUAA